CUAGCUUGUAGGGUAAAAUUAAGCCUCUCUCUCACACACACACACUAUAUAUCACCAUUAAGUUCAAUAGCACAUUCAUCCUCACUGCAAUUAUAUCUUUUCAGAACUAUCACUAGCUCUCUCCUUUGAAAUUGCGUUUCAAAGCCGAUUCGUAAAACCAUCAACGGUUUUCCGACAUAACCCACUGGCUAUCAAUAUAAUACAAGGAAAGAGGAGUGAGACAAACUGAAUGGAGAAACAGUAAAUCACAAAGAAAAGAACAUUUGAUUCUUCUGAAUUCACGCAGACAAACUUAAACAGAUCUCCCAGAAUAGCAAAAAUGUCUCCGCCAAAUUACAUGGAACCAGUGGAUGAUGAGAACAACAACAACAAUGGAGACACCGAUAACAAUGAAAAUAACAACAACAUGAAUGGUGGUGCUAGUUUUGGAGAUGAGGAAUUCGACAGUGAGAAUCAAGAAGAUGGAAGCACUCAAAAUCCUCGUACUGGUAAGAGAAAGCGAUAUCAUCGUCAUACUCAACAACAAAUCCAGGAAAUGGAAAAUUUUUUCAAAGAGUGUCCUCAUCCAGAUGACAAGCAAAGGAAAGAACUUAGCCGUCAGUUGGGAUUAGACCAUCUUCAGAUCAAAUUCUGGUUCCAGAACAAACGCACCCAGAACAAGAAUCAUCAAGAACGCCAUGAGAACUCACAACUUCGUGAGGAGAACACUAGGCUUAUAGCUGAUAACCAUCGCUAUCAAAAAGAAUUCAUGAGAGCCUUAUGUCCUAAGUGUAAUAUAGGUCGCACCGCUGUUAGCGAAAUGUCUUUGGAGGAACAUCGUCUUCGCCUCCAAAAUGCUCAGUUAACCGAAGAGAUCCAUCAAUUAUCUAGGUAUACUGUCAAAGCUGUAAUGAGAAAUCCUGUUAUGUCUCCUCCUAAUCAAGCUCCACCUUUCGAGCCCCCGAAGAUAACUAAUGGAAGUAUUCGAAACCGCUUGGUGUCGAACAUCGGAUCAGUGAAAGAGGCCGAUAAGCCAUUGGUCAUAGAGUUAGCAGUUGGAGCCAUGUCGGAGCUUAUGGCGUUGACUCAAACGAGUGAACCGCUGUGGAAGGGAGGAGUUUAUGGCGCGAUAUUAGAUGUGAAUGAAUACACAAGAAAUUUUCAAAACGGACACGGGCCUAGACCGGUCGGGUUUAGAACCGAGGCAUCAAGAGAAACCGCAAUUGUACUCAUGCACCAUAUGGACAUUGUUCACAGGCUAAUGGAUGUGAAUCUAUGGUCGACCAUGUUUGCUGGAAUGGUUGGUAGAGCCAAGACUCAUGACACUCUUUUGACUGGAGUCCACGGAAACUUGGACGGGACUAUCCAUCUGAUGACUGCUGAAUUCCUAGUUCUUUCGCCGCUAGUCUCAACCCGUGAAAGCUACUUCGUCCGCUACUGUAAGCAGCUUAGUGAAGGUUUAUGGGGGGUGGUCGAUAUAUCCAUCGACCAUCUCAUUCCAAACCUGGAAUAUAAGUGUCGGCGAAAACCAUCUGGAUGUCUGAUUAAAGACAUGCCAAACGGAUUCUCCAAGGUUACUUGGGUUGAGCAUGUGGAGGUAGAUGACAGAGGUGAACUUCAUGACAUGUUUAAGAACUUCCUCAAUUCUGGUCAAGCUUUAGGUGCCAGCCGCUGGAUUGCUACAUUGGACCGCCAGUGCGAGCGGUUAGCCAUCAUGAAGGCUUCAAACAUUCCAUCCAUGGAACCUGGUGGUCACAUAACGGUAACUCACAAUGCAAAGAAGAGCCUGCUGAAGUUAGUUGAGCGGAUGUCUAGAGGUUUCUUUGAUGGAGUGACAGCUUCUACUGCAGAUGUAUGGUGUAACUUGCCUGAUUAUACAGGAGAUAGGGUGAGAGUGAUGACUCGGAAGAGCAUGAAUGAUCCAGGAAAGCCUGAAGGACUCAUUCUCUGUGCGGCCCAUUCAUUUUGGGUCCCGGUUACUCCUAUCACUGUCUUUGACUACCUCAGAGAUGAGAACAAUCGAAGCAAUUGGGAUGUUCUCUUCCUUGCAGGAACUCCUCAGAAGCUGACCCAUAUUUUUAAUGGGAGAGACACUAGGAACUGUGUGUCUUUACUCCGGAGCCCAAACACUCGUCAGAGCGAGAUGAUGAUGAUUGAAGAGAGCUCUAUUGAGCCAACAGCUUCAUUCCUGGUGUAUGCGCCACUUGAUGUUCCAUCAAUUGAGAAAGUUCUCAAUGGCGGUGACCCUGACUAUGUGCCGCUACUUCCUUCAGGCUUUGCUAUUCUACCAGAUGGUAUGGCUCAGCCUGGAAAAGCAGGAGGGACACUCGUGAACGUUUCCUUUCAGAUGCUGGUUGACUCAUCUCCUUCCGGUAGGCUGACUUUUAGCUCCGUUUCAACCAUUGAGAGUCUGAUUUUAGAAGCCGCCAAUAAGAUCAGAGCUUACUUCACUCCGCAGACUCCUUGAACGGGAAGAAAGUGCAAGGGGAUGCAGAGGAGUGAAUCAACGAAUAAAGAGAGAGAGUGUUUUUAUUUUUAUUUUUAUUUUCAUGAACUUGGAAAGCUUCAAAAGUGGAGGAGUCAAGAACGAACCUGACAAGAAACCAUUCAGUUCUUGAAUAGUUUAAAGGAGGUUCGGGAAUUGACUUCCUUGUGAACUUUUGUUAAAACUUUCGUUAUUUCAGUUUUAGCUACUUUGUUUCGUUCUGGUUUUUGGAACUUUCUCAACUCAUUUCUCUAUUUGUGUUUCAAGUUACAAAACAAUAAAUUUGAGUACUCUUUUUUCAUCUAUUUGUGUUUCAA